AGUGAGGCGUACUCGCCUCGCCGCAGCUCAUCAGCACGGCUCGGAUAUUGCAGCCUUUCCCGGGGCGGGGUGGGGGGUUGUCUGCCCUUGAGGAAGGGCCGUCAGAAGGACCAGCCUGCAGCCCCCUCGGUCAGGGCGGGAGGAGGAGCCGAGGCUGUGGUUGGGCGGGAGCUGCGAAAGGGAAGGCGGAGCGGGAAGUUUGAACGGAGGAGAUGCCUCUGGGGUGGGCCGCCGCGGCGGUUGUUGUCGUGGUGUAGUGACAAGGCGGGCGCGAUGAGGCGGUGUCGCGGGGGCCCCAGCUCCACCAGCGUGCAGCUGGCGAAAGAGCCGGGGAGCGUCGGGGGAGGCAAGGACUGCAGCAUCCAAGAAAAAAUUGAUUUUGAAAUGCGAAUGCGAGAAGGAAUUUGUAAACUGCUUGCUGUGAGCACUCAGAAAGACCAAAUAUUGCAUGCAGUUAAAAACCUGAUGGUUUGCAAUGCUCGCAUUCUGGCCUACAGGACAGAGCUACAGAGACAGACAGAAGCAUCAACUGUGAACAGAACUACAGGGUGGUGUUCUGAUUUUGCAGCUAAAGACCGUGAAGCUUGUGGAGGAAAGAUUGCCAUAUCAGAUCUUCGAAUUCCCUUGAUGUGGAAAGGCUCUGAUCACUUUAGCAGCAAAGAUAGAACUCAGCGUUAUUCUGUUUUUUGCUUACUCAAAAUAGGAGCUCAGAUUUUUGAUACAGACUUGCUUAUUGUGGAUAAAGCCAUCACAGACUUAUGUUUUGAAAGUGCAGCUGUGUUUGAGGAAGCUGGGCCAGACUUCCAGUUGAAGGUUGAAGUAUAUAGUUGCUGUUGUACUGAAGAAUCUUCCAGUAUAACAAACACUCCCAAGAAACUAGUUAAGAAGUUGAAAACCUCCAUCGGUAAAGCGACAGGGAAGAAACUCAGCUCUGCUUUAGAUGAUGGCAAUCUUGAAUCCUCCUUAUUCACUGACACAGCCUCAUUUGGUGCAAAGUACAGCUUACUGGCACAUACCACUUUGGGCCUGGAGAGCACGGAGGACAGUUUCAAGACCCACAGUCUUACUAUUGUGGGAAAUGAGGAAUCAUCUUUUUGGCUUCCCUUGUAUGGUAGCAUGUGUUGUCGUUUAGUUGCUCAGCCAUCCUGCAUGACCAAGGAUAUGAUGACUGGAUUUCUUAAUCAACAGCAAAUGGUAGAGAAUGUAACUAUCUGGAGGAGGCUAUACUGUGUGUUAAGAGGUGGCAAGCUUCUCUGUUACUAUGCACCCGAAGAAAUUGACGCUAAAGUGGAGACGGCUUUGACUGUUUCUGUCAACAAGGAAACCAAAAUUCGUGCUGUGGCUAAAGAUACCCAGAACAAAACUCUGAACUUUUCUAUUAUCAACCCUGAAGGUGGGGAAGUUGUGACUCAUAUUUUUGCAGCUGAAAGUCGGGAAGAUCUUUACAAGUGGAUGGAAGCUUUCUGGCAGCACUUCUAUGACUUCAGUCAGUGGAAACAUAGUUGUGAGGAAUUCAUGAAAAUUGACAUUAUGUCUCCACGGAAACCACCAUUGUUUUUGGCAAAAGAGGCUUCUUCAGUCUACCAGGAUAUGAGUAUUGAUUCCCCAGUAAAAUGUGAAGGAUUAAUUGAAAUAGUGCAACAAAGAAUUGAAGAAACCAAUGGGGCGUUCCUGAUCAACCAGCAAGAAGAAUGUGCACUACCUUUAUGGGCUGCAAUGUUUGAUGGUACUCACCAGAUGCUUGUACAGAAAAGCAAACUUCUAGGAGCAAACAGAGAGACUGUAAAUCUUAAUGAAGGAAAAGGCAAAAAAAGAAGAGCACCUCUUCCACCAUCUGAUAAGCCACCUCACACCUCCGUAGCACAGACACCCUCGGAUCAGCAGGGGAAGGAAAAUCUCUGGAAUAAUUCUCCUCUCAUAUCUAAAAAUUCUUCUGAUUCCAAGCUGUCUUCCGUACCUCCCUUACAGAGACCGACUGCAGCUCCUCGUAAACCAACUUCGUGUCAGAAAAGUACCAUCACUGAUAAUGAAAAUCCUGUCCCUUUAGCUACGAAGUGUGUCCCUGCUGAUAAGCCUGUUCCUGCUCCUAGGCAGAGAUCAGUCAAAGAGGUGCUUGAUCCUAGAUCCUGUUUGCAGUCACAGGUGCCGUACUGAUGUUUGGCUUUGCUCAGAAAGUGAGACAGAUGUUUCUUUAGCUAUGGUUUCACUUUUAUUUUUGUACUCGAAAUUUCCCCACAGAGUUCCUGUGGUACUGGAAAUGUAUAUCCCCCACCCCGCAACAUACAGUACAGGUGGUUGAGAUUAUAGCAGAGAUUUUUUUAAAAUUAAAAAUAAAACUUGUUUUCUUCUCAAUUUCUGUUUUUCUCAUCACUGUCAAAAUGUAAGCAGAUUCUUUUGAGAAUAUGCAAAUCAGUGACUGUUUAUUUAAAGGCUGGAGAACUCUUUUGAUAGGCUCACAUUAUUCUUGUCUUUAAACCAUUUGUACGAUCUUCUGUAACGUAGUCAUAUUUAACUCAUGCCUUUCCCCCUGACUAUGUUUCAGAUAGGCUCCUCUUUUCAGCAGGCAUCCUGAAGUGAACAAUUUCUUCCAGAAUUAACCAUGGCUGCUUGCCCCCUUGGCGAGUUCUUUUCCUUGCCCUGAUGCUGCUCUUUUGCACUUGCCUUUUUUCUCUAGCUCAGCCUCAACUCCUGAAUGGAGUUGCUGGAUAUUUGCAGUGUGUUUUCAAAGUGUACUGUGUGUAUCUCUUGAGAUUUGAGGUCCCUAUGGGGAGGCCUGCAAGGGGGGGAUCUAAUUCCUUAACCUUUCUGAAAUGAAUAGCUCUUUCCCAGUGUUCAUUAUAUCCUAUUCCCCUAGGGGCCUUCCAUUACAAUUCUGCUCUGUCAAGGAUUACCAAAUUUUGGAGUUGGAAUUAUCUGAUAAAUUAAGUGUAUGCAUGCAUAGCCUUGUGGCUCUUGAUAAAAACUUUUAGAAUUUUAUAGAAAAUGUUUAGCACAGUGAACAUGCAUCAUUUAGAACUGAUUUAAUUACCAGGUGUUUUCUAUUUCCUAGUUUUAUUUGCCCAGCAGGAAUAAUAAAUAUGAGAACUGUAUAUGCAUAAGUGGUAGAUAAACUCAGUAGGCAGCACCUCAGCACUUAAGACUUAAGGCAGCAGAUGCCACUCUGGACCACAAACACAUUCUCCUUUAUUUUUAAAUGUAAUUCUUUAAUAUCGGUGUGGCGGGGAAACAACCCUCUGUCUUUUAAGCUAAUGAUCCUCUACCAAUCAACCUUAAAAAUAAAAUACUCUGUGUGUGUGUCUCUGUGUGUGUGUAUCUCACACACAAACUUUCAAAUAAAAUUGACAUUUCCUUAGGACAAUCAGCUUAAACUGAUACAAAAUGACAGUGGUCAUUAUAGUUUGGACAUAUGUUUUUAAGGCCCUUUUCUCUCAAAAACCCCCCGCUCCUUUAAAAUCCCAACAUUUUUCGCUUCAAGAGUUUGAAUUUCAGUAAGGAAAUGAUUGCUUACUAAACCUUUUGUUUAGUAAGAAUGGUCUAUAAGUAUGUCUAAUAAUGGAAUUCAAGAUUUACUGGAUGUGUUAACGUGAUCUUUUAAUGAAAUCUGAUCAGGUACGGUUUUAACCUGUAUACUAGAUUUUUAUAUUGUGAAGUUCUAUGUGCAAGAUACGUGAUAUAAGUUUGUAAGUUCUAUAAUCUCAUGUUCACCUGUUUUCUUAGUGAAGCUGAAUAAACAUAAUGUAGCAGAGGGUUAGUAUGACGUUAAUGCUCUCUAAUCCCUUAAUGAGUAUAGUAGAAUCCUUCUAAUUGGCAUAUUUCUGUUAGCAGUAGGGAGUGCCAAUUAAGCAAUCUUCUCAAUUUUAAGUCUCUCAGGAAUAUGCUGAGCUUAUUGAUAUUUGCUUUUAUUCCAUGCCUUGAACUACAGAUUAGCAAUGUGCAAAGCAUUCCAAAUUCUUGCGUCUUUAUUUGAUUAGCAAGCUGCAAUAGCACAGUGAAGCUCCAUGAAAUAUGUCCAUAGAGGAAGCCUUGCUUUAGCAAAUGCAAUUCUGACGCAUUUGCAACUGUGACUGAACUUCCAAGGCAGCUCUUAGCCACAGAGCUUAUCCUCUGAAGUUAAUUAUACUGUAUUUUUAUCCACAUAGUCAAACUAUUGUACUUCCUAUCAGGGGGCCUAUUUGUGUGCACUCUAUAACAGAAAUAGUACCAAAUUCCUGGUGGUGGUGAGGAAUCACUUUCUUCUUGGCUUCUAAUGUACUGCCAGAAUGUCAAAACAUAGCUGAAUUGGGUGGGAGAUAAUGCCAUGUUCUUCUCAUUUGACUAGUUAACACAUGCACUGUCUGAGUACAGUAAUUCCUUCCCAGACACUUCAUCUACAUGUUUAAAUAUUAGAGUGGAAAAUCCCAUUACUAUAUAGACAUAGUAGUGCCUGUAUGGUUAAGGUGAGGAGAAAAAAAUAUAACAAGGAAUAAUCUGGUGUGGUAAGGCGCAAUUUAUACAAAACUGUCCUCUGACAAGAUGUGGCAGUGAGGACCUCUCUCGAAUCCGGAGUUCUAUACAUGACAGUGACUGACUCCUAUCUUUAAACAUGGGAGUUUGGCUGCAGCACUGCAGGGAAAAACUGUGCAAAUGCAGCCUGGAUCAAUGAUUACUUUCUCCCUGUGGUGAAGUGGACAAAGGUGUGCACAUGCUCAAGGCUCUUCGCAUGUUGCGAUUUCUCCCCAGUUAGUAAUGGUCUGUACAGGUCAACAGAGAGCUCUGUGCCAGGAGCAACUUCCUCAUGGAAAACAGUGCCAACAUUGGCUCCAAGAUGGCCUCUUAUUUAGUCCUGCGAAAGGUGACCCAUGUGCAAGAGAACUAUUGUGGUAUAAUAGACAUAAUGUUUGACUGCAGGGGCCCAGCUUUGAAUUGCUACCCAGUCAUGAAGCUCACUGAGUGUGAUCUUAAACCAGUCAUUUUUUUCUUUCUUUCUCAACCUACCUUCGCAGGCUUGCCAAGGGAAAAUGGGGUGAUCCACAGGUAUGCUGUCAUAAAGUGUUUGGAGGAAUCAUGAAAUAAAAAUGUGAUAGUAUUAAUCCAAACUAACAAGUUCUUAUAGUGUAGCAAAGUUCCUAGAAUGUUUUCUUCCUGAUGGAGCAAUUAGGAGAAGAUUUACAUAUGAUUGUACUUCACUCACAAUCUCUUUCCUCAGUGACUUAUUGCUUGAUGAUUCUCAGCUGAACAUGUGAACUGCGUCCAUAGAAAAGAACUGUGUUUUAGGUCUAGUGAUAUGAAAGCUUGUAUGUAGGGUUUGGAAUGUGCAUCUGUGAAUUUGUACUAAUUGUAAGAACAGCAAGAAACUAAAUGAAAGUGAAGAUGGAGAGGGGAAAUUGCAUUAGUUGUGGAGUAGGAUUUCCUUUGUCCUGUCUAAGAACUUAAAAUGAAUGAAGUAACAUCUGAUUGCUAUUUGUAGCUAUAAACUGUAAGUAAUGCCUUGGGUACUGUGUUUACUUUUUAUUACAUAGGUGGUGUUAAUAUUUUUUUAGUGUUUUUAACAUUAGCUUAAUAUGUUUACAUUUUUUAAUUUUGUUGGGGAUUAAUACAACUUCAUCAGUUACUAAAGCUAUGUGGUUACAGUUUGUACUUGAAAUGACUAAUAAUCUAGUAUAUGUGUUGAGAAAUGUAUUGUGCUGCUAAUUGUGGAUUGUUUGUCGUGCUAUGUCCUCCCCCCACCCCCAGAAAAAUGGUUUGUAACAAAUUGUAAAACUUAAAAUAUUGUAUAGUUUGAGUUUGAAUAGGUUAUUAAACAUCCCUGUUUGUUU